AUGGCCAAGGGUCCUGCGACCGUUUUCAUUGCUAGACACGCUGCUCGUCUCGACGCCUCGGACAAGUCGUGGCACCUUACAUCACCGACGCCCUACGAUCCGCCUCUCACGUACGGCGGCUGGUCACAGGCCAAAUCACUCGGCCUGCGCAUAGCAGCUCUACUACACCAACAAGACCAUGAUGAGGCUGAGGCGGCCCGGCAUGGAGCGAAUGCGGACCUGGCGCAUCUUGAGUUCAGCGCGCUGGACACCCCGAAGGCGCACCCGACUCGGCCGAAGAAGAAGAAGCGCAAGAUCGUCAUACACUCGAGCCCCUUCUUGAGAUGUGUUCAAACGAGUACGGCAGUCGCGGCAGGCAUAUCGCAGUACAAACCGGAGACGACUCCAAAGCUACGGGUGCCGGGACCGUCCAAGGAAAGGAGCGGCGUACUGGCAAGCUCUCCGUUGGCAAAGUCAUCGUCAUCGAGGUCACCACGUUCCCGAUCGCCCUCGGUCCAGCCCACGUACCUUGACCCGUUGGUAGAUCCACACCUUGAAGUCUACUCGAAGCUACGCAAGGGCGAGGAGAGGAUUCUCUUGCGCAUCGAUGCCUUUCUCGGAGAAUGGCUGUCGCCCGAUUACUACGAAGACAUUACACCACCCCCAAACUCCACACUGAUGGUUGCAGGCGCCAAGGCGGAUUUGUUGCGGAGAGGAGACAACUUGCAGGCCCAGCCGGACGCAAACAGCAGCAGAGGCCACUUUCCUGGUGGUUGGGGAGGAGGAGGCAAGACUGCGGCUGCAGCAACUCCGGCUCGAUCAAGUAUCGACAACGGAGCGUUUCCCAGUAUGAGCAGCCUUGCGCAGAACCUACCACCGGCUAGGGACCGUGCAGGCAGUCUAAGCAGUGGAGCAGUCCAAGCACCGAAACCAAGAGGCGGCUUUCUUUCGCUCAACCCACAAACACGUCACAUGGUCAAGAAGAACUACAACUCGCCCGCCCCUUCGUACUCAGUUUCGCCCUCCGACCCUAUACCGAGAGGAUAUGUUGCGCAUGCAAGAGAAGCAUGUGUCACAGUCGAUUUUCAGUGGGAUAGCAUGCGGCCACCGCAAGAAUGGGGCGAUGGCGGCGAAUAUGGCGACGAGUGGAGUGCUAUGCACAAGCGGUUUCGCAAAGGAUUGACUGGUAUGAUGCAAUGGUACAGGGAGCAUGGGGCGAAAGCUCCAAAGGACCAGUUUCCAGGCUUUACCUUCUCAGACCGACCAAAAGCUUCAGAAGAGCUGAGGCCAUCUGCUCCUCAAGUUACGAACUUUGCAGUCAACCCUCUUCCACUGCUGAACGGAAAGGCAGAGGACGAAGAGGAGGAACUCGUACUCGUUCUUAUUACCCAUGGCGCAGGAUGUAACGCUCUGCUUGGAGCUAUUCAAAACCAGCCAGUUCUCAUUGACGUUGGCCUUGCUUCUCUGUCCAUGGCAGUGCGCCGGGAACACUCACGAGAGUCUUCUGUUCCUACUGCUUUUGAGCGGCGACCAUCAGUGGCGGACCCUGGCAUGUCAGAGACAUACGAGAUGAAGCUCCUCGCAUCAGUGGAUCACCUUCGACCUGGCACAAACCCAGCGGCACUCUCACAGCCUGAAUCGGCAGCUCAGUCGCCCGCAGCUCACGCCAGCCCAACCACUGGAAACUACAGAAGGCGAUUCACUGGAGGCUCAUCUGGAAUGAGUACUCCCAGUGAUUCUCCCUUUGCUCUUGACGCCUCUUACAGAAGCUGGCUUGGUAAUGCCAAUGGUGUGCGAAGAACAGCAAGCUCAGGCUCGAACUCGCGAUAUACCCCGAGUAAUCUUAACGACAGUGGAGUGUCUUCGCCGUCAACCGGCUUGUGGUCCAGCCCUCGCAUAGGUGCGUCAGACACAGCCAGUGACGGUAGAGCAAGCCCGGGCGCCGACAUGGUUCUCAACUUUGCAAACCAGCAACCGGCGCCGAAGCCAAGAAUAUCGAGUAUUGCAACCAGUCAACCUGUCACAAAACCUGCGGUCGAGACAAAAAACGAGCUGACAAGGUUAACGACCAAUGAAGAACGGGAAUCCGGAGACUCGAUUGCACCAUUGCCAACACCAAGCACUCUCAACCGAACGAAUAGCACAUCCAAACCUGCCGGCAGCGGUCUUUGGGGAGCAAAACCUCAGGCCAGCGCUCAUCAAGGUCUUUGGGGCCCACCGAAGCUCGCUGGCGUGACUGAACGUGAGAGUGGACCUAAGAGGAGGUGGACCAUUACAGAGCAUAACCAGUAA